GAAAAUGUACUUAAUGUGAAAUAAACUGCUUGUAUAUCUGUACUAAGAUGUGAUAAAAAUGCUCUUAUGAGUGGCUGGGAUUAAUAAGAUACUAAUUUGAUGUAUCACAGUGGUUUGACAUUGAUACACACCGGUUGUGUAGGAGUGUUAUUUUCCGAUGAGCCAAUGUCGCGCCUUCCUAUGGAGCGUUUUUUUCGGUACAGCACUCAGUAAAUAGGUGAUUAGCGGAAAGCUAUUAUAGUGUUUGGGUUCUGGCGAUGUUAUGAUAUUCCAGUGGAUUUUAUGAAUACACAUUGUAUGUGAAGGAGAGUUACUGUGAUCUGUGAAACAUCUAUAUUUGUGAUAAUAAAUAUUCAUUCUAUUAGUUUUAAUGGCUGUUUUUAGUAUUGAAUUGAUGUAAAAAUAAUUUUUUGAGAAGCCGUAUUAAGUAUAAGUUUAAAGAAAAUGGAAGUUAAAAUUAAAAAAAGAACAUAUUGAAGAAAUUUAAUCAAAAGUGGCUUUUAUGAUUUUGUUGAGAAAUGUUAUACCAAUGUGAAUUAUUUGCGAAGGAAAUAAAGUGUAUGCUAUAACGGAAGUGGAUGUUUUACCACUACUAUAAAAUUAAAAGUGGAUGUACUAUUUCAGUGUAUUUCUUAUUUCUGCUCGCCGUAUAAUUCCUUAGAUAAACAAUAUCGUAACUUCUUAAGGGUGUGUUGACAAUAAAAAAGCCAGAAAUAUAAAGGGCGAAAGUUGUGUAUUUCACUGUGAAUUGCUUACUGGUGGUAUAAGGGCCGCGAGGGACGAUGGCGGCGGGCACCGGAAGUGAGCGGCCUAGAUGGCCCCUUGUGGCCGGACUCUUCGUGAUCCUAGUCGCUUUUCGACGUGCAGACUCGCACGACUACUACCGGAGCCACCCGUCGUCCGUGCCCAUCUUCUUGCCCGUGCCCACCGAAAUCACCGUGCACCAGGGCGAGACCGCCCACCUCCGCUGUCGCAUACAGAACCUUGGACCAAAGUUUGUUGUAUGGAGGAAGGCAGACGAUGAGUCCCCGUUGACGCUCGGCAAAAUGACGUUCACCCCGGACUCGGACGUAGAGGUGCAGCUGGAGGAGAUCCCGGGACACGAAGAAGGCGAGGAGGAGAGCCGCUACGACCUCGUCAUCAAGAACGUCUCCCAGGAUCAGGCCGGCGUGUACGCCUGUCAGAUCUCGGCCACCAAUAACUAUACCCAGAACAUCACACUUCACGUCCUCGAUCCGGUUAAGUACAAGCCGGAGCUUGAACUGACGGGCACGGAAUACGUGAGUCUCAUGGAGGACAUCCGCCUCGUGUGUAAUGCCACGGGCGCCCAGACCGCCCCGGACGCCGUCGACUGGUUUUUCAACGGCGAGCCCAUCACCGACACACGGGGCCCCUGGCAAGACAGGCUCGUGCGACUCAAUAACAAGCCCAUACCCGGGCGAUCGUUAAUCAGUGAACUCAUAAUAAAGCGAGCUACGAUGGAGGACAGGGGACACUAUGUGUGCCGAUUGACUAAGAAAUUAGCCAAGGGAUUUAAAGUGCAUAUACUUAAUGAUAAAAAGAAUCAUAAAGAACCUAAACGAGACAUGCUAUCAGAGGGCUACUCGAUGGGUGAGGAGACGCAGCCUCCCUCACAGGAGUCCAGUCACAGUAGCAGUGGGGCGGCGGCGUUCUGGCCACAUACGCACAUUUUCACUGUCCUCAUGUUGUGUUUGAAGCUUACAUACGGAAGCCUCGGGUCCUAACAAGAAGCCGUGUCAGUGUCAUGAAACUUUAGUAUCCGUUUACUGGAGGUCAUAUGCAGAGAUUCAGUUUAGAGAUGUCACACUCGGGAAUCUGGAUGGACCGUGUUACCAGGCAACCGAUGGACCAUAUGUGGCCAGUAUAUUGUUUUAAUGUGAAUCAGUGAUCUUUUAACUCAGUGCUAGAAUGAAGACGGGAAUUCAUAUUGGUGUGCAUGAUUUAAACGUGUAAAGGAUAGUUUGUAAUCUCAUACACUAUCAGAUUGGAAGGCAAAUUGAUAGCUCCAACAUUCUACAUCCACAAGAAAAGAAGCCGCACUGAUUGUCAUUGAUAUACGAGGUUUCCCACUGUAUUGUAUUUUGCGUGCAAAAACUUACGGCAUGCUCAUGCUUUACGAUGCUAGAUUAGGCUCAAAUUUCUCGAACAUUUUAGUCCCUUUUAGGUAUCAUUUGUGUAAUAUUUACAUUCUUAUUAUUUUUUGAAGAGAUUUUAUUAAUGAUAUAAAUAUUUAACCAUUAUUUUCGGUAAAAUCAAAUAAGUAAUAAAUUUGGGUUAAAAGUAAAUGAAAUAAGCUGCUUUAGCUUGCAACGCUUAAGAAAUAUCGAGAAAUUGGUGUCUAAAAUGUAUACACGAUUAUGUAUUUGCAAAAACGGAACAUUACAAAACUAUAAAAAAAACGAAUUGGUUUUACUCGUAUACAUGUAAGUAUAAUUGUAAUUAUUAAAUACAUGUAUUUUAAAGUCAAUGCAAAGAACAUUUCCAUGCGUUUAAUUAUUGACCUUGAGCGAUGUAGUGAGAUACACCACGUCGAGGUAUCCAGAAUAAGGCGUGGUUCGAAUCAUAUUUUAUGUAUAAUUGUCCAUUUUUGACCAACAUCCAUUUACAUCAUUCGCCAUGUGUAUAUAAGUUUAUAAGAUGUACAUAUUGUCCAAGUUAUAAUUAAUUUAUAUAUUGUCAUAUGCUGUUUAGUGCGAUCAUAUUCUCUAAAAAAUAACAAACAAAAAUUAUUACGACUUGAAUAAGAUGAUCAACCAAACACGAUCAUCGACCAAUAUUUCCUGCGGUGUUUUAAUGUUACCUCAAUUCAGUUUUUUUGUCUAUUUGUUAUACACAUCAAAGGAGACGAUCAAGUAAAGGGACUAUUUUUAUUAGCUGUACAAGAAAAAUGAGCCAAAUCCGCUACAAGAUGAAGGUCUUGAAUUAUAUUGAAGUGUUUCAUAGAAUUGUAGUUUAUGUACGUCUGAUCAAUUCCUGUUAAUACGGGUUUCAGUGAUAUUUCAUGUUGUGAAUAUCUAUGAUUGUGUUGUUUAUACGUUCUUGUAUCUUGUACAUUCAUUUGUUAUGUAAUGAUGAAUUACACGUUGUUUAUAAUAAAUCGAAAUUACCGA